UCAGUUGAAAAAAAAAAAACAAAAAAAAGUAAAUUUUAACGGUCAAAAGAAAUCAUCCUCUAAUUUAAUAAAUUCUCAUCAAUUUUUCUUAUAAUUUCAACAAAAAUAUAAUUUCCACAAUGAAUACAACAUCUCAAGCAACUAAAAAUUGCAUUACUUUAAAAGGAUCGGCACAAAUUAUAACAGAAUACUUAAAAUAUGGCAUCAAUUCAAUAUUAUUCCAACGGGGCAUUUAUCCACCAGAAACCUUUAUCAACACUCAACAAUAUGGUGUACCAAUUUUAAUGUCUACUGAUCCAAAAAUUGAAGAAUUUCUAAAAAACAUUCUUGUUCAAACUGAAGAAUGGCUAUCAAAGAAUAUGGUAAAUAAAAUCUCCAUGGUCAUUACAAAUGCACACACCAAAGAAGUUCUUGAAUGUUGGGAUUUCAAGCUGCAAGCCGAACUGGGCGACGGUGACACCACCGAUCCCAUGAAACUAACCUCGAGCAAAGAAACCAAACGCAUUCAGCAGGAAAUCCGCGAUGUUAUGCGCCAGAUCUCAGCUACUGUCAGCUAUUUGCCAUUGCUCGACUGCAUUUGUACUUUCGAUGUUAUGAUCCACACACUCCAGAACUGUGAUAUUCCUGAGAGUUGGGAUGAAACUGGAGCGGUUUUUAUACAAAAUUCUCAGGCUGUCCAAUUAAGAUCGUUCUCUACUGGUCUACAUAAAGUGGACACUGUUGUCAACUAUAAAAUGUCAUGAAGGCUUUAAAAAGCAAAAGUCUUUAUUUUUUCUUUGUCUUAUUUUUUUUUAUUAAUUUAUCAUUUUUAUACAUAUUUUGUGUCUUUUUUUUUUUUAAUA